AUGGCGCCGCCAAAUAAAGGAUCGGCCAAGGGCGCUUCUGCGGGUGGCUCUAAGCCACUGUCUUCUGCUUCGCGCGUGAGCAAGUCCAGCAAGAAGAAUGUCAAGCGUCCUCCUCCCAAGGAAGUCAAAUCAAAGGCCCGCACCGAGACCGACCUUAUGGCCAAGAAGAAGAAGCGCAAGUAUACAGAGGCUGAGCUUGACUUGCCCAAGUUAAAUACUAUUACACCAGUUGGUGUUGUAAAGCCCAAGGGCAAGAAGAAGGGAAAGACCUUUGUGGAUGAUCAGGAGGGCAUUUUGACGAUUCUUGCCAUGGUAAACGCCGAGAAGGAUGGCCAGAUUGAGUCGAAGAUGAUGAAGGCACGCCAACUGGAAGAGAUCCGGGAUGCCAGGGCAAAGGAGCUCGAAGCUCGACAGGCACAUAAGAAGAACAAAUUGGAGGCUGUCAAAGAUUCAAUCCGCAACAAGAAGGGCAAUGGUGGUUCCGGAAAGGCAGGCGAUGAUUCGGCUUCUACAAAAAAUGCCGGCUCAAAGUCGGCAAAGCCGAAGCGGAAAAGUGUUUCUUUUGCUUGA